AUGAACUGUCUUUGGAUCACAGGAUUCGGAAACAUUCUCAUUCACUGCGUUGUCUUAUGCAUAUGGAUUUUUAAUAGAGCAGCGACGGUUAGCGUUAAGGACAGCAGGGAGGGGAGGGAGGAGCUGCAGCUGCAGCCGGAUGAAGUGGCCCAGUGGUGGGGUGAAUGGAGCAGCUGGUCCACCUGCAGCUGGACCUGCGGAGGAGGCGUCCGCUCCCAGGAGCGCCACUGCCUGCAGCAGAGGCUCACUACCACACAAAACAUUAACAGUUCCUUCUGCGUUGGAUCACCCAAACGUUAUCAGUUGUGUACAAAUCAGCCCUGCCCCAACAGCAGAAUCAGCUUCAAACAGCACCAGUGCUCCCAAUUCAACGCCAAGGCCUUCAGCCGUAAACAAUACGAGUGGGUUCCCCUGUAUCCAGAUGAUUACGUCAGCAUUUCCAACAAGCCCUGUGACCUCCAGUGCACGACCACCACGGGAGAAAGGCAGCUCUUGGUUCCUGCUCACGACGGGACCUUCUGCAGGAAUGGUGCCUACCAGGGCGUUUGCAUCGAGGGCCAGUGCCAGGUUGUGGGGUGUGAUGGGAAAUUGUACUCCAGUAAAACCGUAGACAAAUGUGGCGUCUGUGGGGGAAAGGGUGAUUCCUGCCACCGCAUUUCAGGAUCUUACCGGAAAGGGAUCACACAGUUAGGAUAUGCGUUUAUAACCAAUAUUCCUGUUGGAGCUACAGACAUCCAGAUCAUUGAACGGAGGAAGACAGAAAACAUCUUGGCUCUGUCUGAUGAAGAUGGCCACUUCUUCUUUAAUGGGAACACUAUGAUCGACAACCCCCGGAACUUCCACAUAGCAGGGACGGUAUUUAAGUACCGGAGGCCGGCUAACCUCUUCUCUGAUGGCUUUGAGUACAUCAUAGCCCAAGGGCCCACUCACGAGGGCCUGAAAGUCAUGUACUACAACCUGAAUGGAAAGAUGCCCCAUAUCACAUAUGAGUAUACAGUCCCCCGUGCUGCAGAGGUGAGAGUGUCCCCACCGGCAUCCUCCACCCCUGACCACCCUCCGCCAAGCAGCAUCCGAGCCGCCGCUGCUCCCCUGGCCCCGGCUGUGGCCCGGCCGGCAGCCAACGCCUCCUCUCCAGAGCUCCCUGUCACAGGGAAUGAAAUUGAGGGUAGCGGGGCAUGCAGGAACCUGAGCUCUGCUUCCACCCCCAAGGAGAGUGCAGAGGCACACAGGAGUCACAAAGACACGCAGCCUGAGCUCCAGGUAUCUCCGGACCUCGGAGAGCAGCCCCAGGUCUUGCGCUUCAGACCAGGAGACCCUUCUAGAAAGGCUUUCCGCAAUGAGCUGGAGAGUAGCACCCAUCGCUCAGAGGUCCAGGUCACCUUUGGUUCCGACUACAACCUGAUUGAAAGUGACUCCUCCAGUGUAAACAACACGCAACCCGCCAUCCUGGCAAGCGUGACCCAUGGGUUUCUAACCCAGGCCUCAGGCCCACAGCAGCCCUGCCAGGAGAACCCAACUCUUCCGGAGUGUGCUGUCCUGAGGCUGAACUCCAGCACCUCCCUGGACAACAGCCUGGCCCUGGAGAUGUUUCCCGGGAGCCUGGAUGUGCCCAUCUCUGAGGGGGAGCCCGAGGCAUGGCAGAAGGGGGCUGACCCCGAGGCUAACAGCACCACCCCCCGGCGUGGUCAACUCGUCCUGCUCCACCAGGUGGACCCAGUGCAGGUCCCUCACACUGAGAGUAAUGAGUUUGACGUGGUGUCUCUCGACCAUGAUGUCAGUCUGGCAGACAUGUACAGAUGGAAGGUAUCUGCGUACGCACCCUGCAGUUCAACAUGUACCACAGGAAUCAGCACCUCAUAUGCUUUGUGUGUGAAGUACGAUGGCUCUGAGGUGGAUGAGAGUUAUUGUGACUCUUUGACCAGGCCUGAGCCCACACAUGAGUUCUGCACAGGCAAAGAGUGCCCACCAAGGUGGGAGACGAGCCGCUGGAGUGAGUGUUCCCGAACGUGUGGCGAGGGUUUCCAGUUCCGCACCGUGCGCUGUUGGAAGAUGAUGGCGCCGGGCUUCGACAGCUCCGCCUACGAUGAGUUGUGCCACGCCUCUGAGCUGCAGAAGCCAAUGGCGCGCAAGGCCUGCAGGAGCAAAUCUUGCGGUCCCCAGUGGGAGGUGGCUGACUGGUCAGAGUGCUCGGCGCGGUGUGGCGGCAGUGGUCUUCAGAGCAGGGAGGUGCGCUGCUCCAUGGAGGACAGUCUGUGCAAUGAGUCCACCCGGCCGCUCGGCCAGCGGGAGUGCAAGGGGCCCCCGUGUGACCGCCGCUGGUCCGUCUCCGACUGGGGACCUUGCUCGGGGCCAUGUGGGGAGGGCCGCAUGAAGCGUUACGUGGCGUGCAAGAACGCCAAUGGAAGGCUGAUCGCUGAGAGCCAGUGCGACCGUGACCUCAAGCCCCUGGCAGUGCAGCCCUGUGGGAACAGAGACUGCCCUGCCCACUGGGUAGAGCAAGAGUGGGAGCAGUGCAAUGCCACAUGUGGCAGAGGUGUGAAGACCAGGCAGGUGGUGUGUGCAGGGCUGGAGGCUGGCAUUUUUAAGGAGUACCCUGAGCCCAUGUGCGCCGGCAGCUCCCCGAAGCCUGAGGAGAGAACGGCCUGCUUUGAGAGGCCUUGCUCCAAAUGGUUCAGCACGUCCUGGUCCCAGUGCAGCAAGACCUGCGGCAGUGGCGUGCGGGUCAGGGAGGUGAAGUGCUACCAGGCUGGGGAGAUCAGCCACAGCUGUGACUCCACUCUGAAGCCACAGGACAGGCAGAGCUGUGAGGUGAAGGCAUGCCCGAUUGAGACACCAGCUGAGGCACUUUGUCAGGACAAGGCGACGGCUAACUGCAGCUUGGUACUGAAGUUGAAGAUGUGCACACAUUCGUUCUACAACAAAGCCUGCUGUCUUUCGUGCAAGAUGAAGGGCCAGUGAAGAACUGUGGGCACCUAGCCGUGGCAUUCCAGACAAUGUGAAGACCCCACCCCUCCCCAUACUGGGCACACUGUAGCCCCCCUGACUACACCCCGACCUGUGACCCACAAAUAGGCUCUAACCUAUUACCCAAAAUACACCCUAUCCUUUAACCCACACAAUACUCUAAUCUGUAAAUCCAAACUGGGCCCUAACCUAUAAACCCAUACUACACCCUAACCUAUACCUGAAACUACAUUCUGAUCUGUAAGCCCAAACUACACCCUAAAAUCUACCCCCUAAUUAUCACCCUAAUUUGUACCCUCAAACCACAUCCUAACCAGUCCCCUAAAAAAGGUGCUAUAAUAAGGGCCUUGUCCUGGCAGUGGGGGGCUCCAUCACAGGCCCCUGUAGGCAGCUCCCAUCACUGGAUUGUACAUGGUGUUUCUGGUCCACCGGUAGAGGAGACCCUGCAUGCAUUAGCUACUGGCUGACACAUGAUGUCUUCUUACCUAGUGCCUGAGGUGUGCUACUCUUGUGUACUGUCUCCCUAAAUCUGUACACACACACACACACACACACACACACACACACACACACACACACAGAUAUACACACUCUUGAUGUUUGUACAAAGUUUCUUUUUUCUUCGUUUGAAUUUGUUUGUGAUCACCUGUGAUAGCAGAAAUAAAAAGAAAUGAAGUCAACAUUA